AGAGGAAAUCUGAACAAAUAGCACUAGGCGCAUGUUCUGAUCGCUAGGCUGAUCUGAUAAUGUGUUGAUCUCACCAGUCCAUAUUCAGUUUGUAAAGCAACACACCCCUCAUUGAAGCUGAUUAACAGCGUUGAUAAUGCGGCGUCUGGGUUCAGUGCAACAGAAAAUCCCAUGCGUUUUCCUGACGGAAGUGAGAAACGAACCAUCCAGAAAACGCGACUGUCAGCAGUUCCAGGUGGUGGCCACUGAGAAAGUGCACCCUACUGCUCUUGCCUCAGGCAUUCACUGUGCUGCAGCAACUGAGAAGAUUGAUGGGACAUGCUGCUAUGUCACCACAUACAAAGGGGAACCUUAUCUCUGGGCUCGCUUGGAUCGGAAACCCACCAAGCAGGCGGACAAGAGAUUCAAAAAGUAUCAGUAUUCACAGAAGACCUAUAAAGGAUUUGUGUGGAACAUGGAUGAAGAUUUCCGAGAAGUGCCAGAAUCCUGGAUCGCUGCUCACAGAGUCAAGCAUGAGAAUGGCCAUCCAGUGCCUGACGAACAUGGACACAUACCCGGUUGGGUUCCGGUGGAUCAAACCAACAAGCAGUAUUGCUGGCACGCCUCUGUGGUCAAUUAUGAUGUUGGCGUUGCCCUUGUCCUGAAGACACAUGGGGACGAUGAAGGAUUGCUUGAAAUUGUCAGCAUUCCUCUGGCUGACCUCAUGGAGCAAACCCUUGAACUUAUCGGGACCAAUGUUAACGGAAAUCCAUAUGGUUUGGGAAGUAAGAAGCAUCCAGUCCAUGUUCUGGUGCCUCACGGGGUCCUGCGCAUCCGGAACGCUCCUCCAGUGGAAUUCCAGCAGCUGUUUUCCUGGUUUCAGGAAUGCCAAGAGGGGCGAGUGGAGGGAAUUGUUUGGCACUGUGAUGACGGGACACUGGUUAAGAUACACCGCCAUCAUCUCGGUCUGAAAUGGCCUGUCGGUGACACCUUCCUGAACACCAGACCUGUGGUCGUCCAUGUUGAUGAAACAACAUGUGAUCCAGAUGCUUCCGAGAAGGACUUAUUCAAAUCAUUCUCCAACAUAAAUGGACAACCCUUCAGCUGCUUACAGGACAUUCAGUUUGAACCCUGAUCCCAUCAAAUAUAACUACCAAACAUUCCUACUCCAUCUGGUUUUAACCAGAGUGAAGACUGGUUUCCCAACACUCAAUAUUAGCCAAAACUGCCUGUUCCGAAUUCCCAUUGACACCUUGCUCAUAUUUGCACUUGGGUAUGUGAUGUAUGCGAAUGCUGUGAUUGCUUUAUAUUUUGCACUUUUUCAUUUCUUUUAGAGAAUGGUAUUUUUUUUUUUUUUUUAUAAAUAGGUUUCAGAGGACGUUCAGUAAUAUGUAUAUAAAUAAACGAAGCAAACUGACGUUUAUUACAUCUAAGGGGUCUCAUAAAUGAGGCAGUGAUUGAUAAUUAUACAUGCAAAAACAAAAAAAACCUUUUAGUUUCAGUUCUU